UAACCCUGUUGAAUGCUUUUUAACUAAAUUAACAUGGCUCGAAUGAACCGCCCAGCUCCUGUGGAAGUUACGUACAAGAACAUGAGAUUUCUUAUUACACACAAUCCAACCAAUGCAACCUUAAAUAAAUUUAUAGAGGAACUUAAGAAAUACGGAGUUACUACGAUAGUAAGAGUAUGUGAAGCAACUUAUGACACUACUCUUGUGGAGAAAGAAGGCAUUCAUGUUCUUGAUUGGCCUUUUGAUGAUGGUGCACCACCCUCUAAUCAGAUUGUUGAUGACUGGUUAAGUCUUGUAAAAAUUAAGUUUCGUGAAGAACCUGGUUGUUGUAUUGCUGUUCAUUGUGUUGCAGGCCUUGGGAGAGCUCCAGUGCUUGUUGCCCUGGCACUAAUUGAAGGUGGAAUGAAAUAUGAAGAUGCAGUACAGUUCAUAAGACAAAAGCGGCGUGGAGCUUUUAACAGCAAGCAACUUUUGUAUUUAGAGAAGUAUCGUCCUAAAAUGCGGCUGCGCUUUAAGGACUCCAAUGGUCAUAGAAAUAACUGUUGCAUUCAAUAAAGCUGGGGUGCCUGAUGUCAUUGCCUUGGAAAUGGAACUUGACAGGACCUUAUUUGUCCUGCAGAUUAGCCAAUGUACUGACUUGGUGAAUUAGUCUAGUGAAGCUUCCAUGAGAAUAUUGAAAAGCAGUUUUACCAGACCAUAAGCUUGACAGAUUGCAACUUCUGUAUUUGGGUUACAGUCAACCUAUUUGGACAUUUAGCAAAAAAAAAAAAACAAAAGAGUUUUGCUGUUGAGCAUUUAAAAUGUGCUUAUCAUUUGUACCAGUUGACCUUUUCCUAAAAUCAUGUGGUAUUGAGUUAAUGUCUUUAAAUCUAAAUCUAUUUCCAAGCCAGAAUCUUAUCAGUAUAUAAGGAAUUUAGAAAGAUUAGGUGCCAAAAUACCCAGCACAAUACUUAUAUAUUUUAGUAUCAUACAGAAUUAAAAUCCCAGGAACUAUGAACACUCUGGACCUUACGUGGUUUAUUCUUUUGGUCAUUUCAAACAUAAAAAUUAGAGCCUGAAUAGUUAUUUGCCUGCUCACUUUAUGUUUAUACCUCCCACAUUCAUAUACAGUAUGCAUCAAGUUUGUGCAACCUUUUUUUUUUUUUAAUAACCAAGUCUUACCAUGAUUAUAUUCAGUGUCUUUAUGUAAUAUCUCAUCUUGUGUUGUUAGAACCUCCAUUCUGAAAAUCUUUAUUGUACAGAAGCACAUGUCUUUAAUGUCACCAGACAAAAAAAGCCUUACAGUCAAUUUUAUGUUUGCACUUUGGAGUGCGACUUAACAGGGAGGGCCUGAAAAAAGAAUGGAAGGGGGUUAUUAAGUAUUUUUAGCAAAAUGUUGCCUUUGUCUUGUGCAGAACAUGUAGAAUAUGCUGUUUAAUUUAGUAUUUUUUAUAAGUAGAGAUGCUUUUUUGUAGCUAAAAAUCAUAAAAGUUCUGAACUUCUUGGUCAUUUUUUUUUCCAUACUUAUCUGGAAGUUUAUCAACUUGCUUUAUUUGAUGUGAUUUUUCCCCCCCUUUUUCCGACCUCUUGCAAAAAGGAAAAAAAAAAGUGGGUUUCUGCCAAUUAGUUAAGCAGAUAUCUAAUAUUUUAUAUACUUUUUGAGCUGUGUAACUUAAUAUUUGGAUACUUGAUCAUUUGUUUUACUCUGUAAUUGAUAAAAUGGUGAUGUGUAUUAAUGUUAGUUCAACCAUAUAUUUAUACUGUCUGGGAAUGUGUGGUUUUAGUUUUGUGGGAUAAAUUUAUCCGUGUUCACCAGCUUGUAAGAAUCUAGUGCGAGAGCUUAAACAUCUAAAUAAAUGAAAUGCAUUUAUCAUCA